AUGAACAUAUAUAUAACAAAUCCCAAUUUUUUUCACAAAUUAUUUAUUUUGCCACGGCAAAAAUCACGACUUUGGAUCAAACGCAAGAAGAACAACACAAUGAUAGUUGCAACGGCAAAUUCCUUCGGAAAUCGAAAUUCAUUGUUGAUAUCCCUUCUUUUAGUUUCAUCUUCACUUCACUUCUUCUGUAUCUCUCCACUCCUUGCCAAAUCUUCUCCUCACCCAAUCUCUGAUGUUCAAGUUAGGAGCAACAAGCUUCAAUGCUAUGCUGAUAUUGACAGUGGGUUGUGGGGUUGGUCAUGCAAAUCAUCGAUGAUAGCAAGGGAGAACUGUGCUCUGCGAUGCCUUUCACCAUCUUGUUACGAGCUUAUCUACGAGAGUGACCCGCUUGAAGAAGGAGAAAAGGACUUCGUUCGGAGCCAAGAGUACAAAUACUGCAUGCAUAAGUUGUCCAUGGGAGAGACCCUCGAGGGUGUUAAGGGUGCGUUUGGCCAAUAA